AUGACGAAUAAGGGGCGUGGCCAGGCCGCCGCGAGCCAGGGCGGGCGGGUGGAGUCACAAAGAAAGCUGCGCGCGCGCAGCCGCUGUCCCCGCCCACUCCGGGAAGGGGCGGGGGCUUUUCUCUCUGGGUGCGCGCGCAGCUUUCCGUGCGACGGUUCCUGGCCCCGGUCACGGAAUUCUACUUACCCCGAGCACCUGAAGAGCCGUUCUCCGGUCCCCACCCUGGAUCCUCCUACGCCGCAGAGCCUCCCAGCCCGGGGACCUCGGACCCCGGGGCUUAGGAGGACUGAACCAGGACUGAACCGAAGUUGCCGCGGGGCCUUCCGAUCCCCUAGGCCAUCUCCCAAGUCUGGCCAGGCUGAGGGGACCAGUGAGGAGUCCUUGCACGUUGAUAUUCAGAAACUGAAAGAGAAGAAGAACAUGUUGGACAGGGAGAUCUCCCAAUUAAUAUCUGGAGGCUACAGUGUGGAUGAACUGGAGGAACACAUCUCCCUGCUCCAUGAGUAUAAUGACAUCAAGGACGUAGGACAGAUGCUGCUGGGAAAGCUGGCCAUGAUCCGAGGUGUCACCUCCAAAGAGUUGUAUCCAGAAUUUGGUCUGGACAUGAACGACUGAGCCGAUGCUCAUAGCUUCUUGUCCAAGACCCACAGGGACAGAUGGAUGUGGAUUUGAGAAGCAGUGAGAGCCCAGCCAGUGCAACACAAAUUUUCCAUUGAGAAAAUGCUAGAAGCCCUUUGCUGAAGAACCCAAAUGAAGUAAGGAGGGAACUCAGAGAAGAGGGGUCAGGGAGGAAGGGGUGUUCCCAGUUUGAAAGUUCGUGAAAUGUCCCUGUGAUACCUGUGUAUGAGUAUGCAUAUCCCAUUUGUUAAUAAACAUGAGCAAUCUUGGUAUCA